AUGAACGUUCAAGUUUCAAUAGAGCGUGUAUUGGAUAGGGCGUCGCCACAAAACGACCUGCAGAGACAUCGCCCUAAAUCUGUGACAAGUAUGCGAGGGCUACCGAGUCACGGACGGGUUCGGUUAAAGACGCUAGUCCCGCGGAAAAACUUGACAAUCCGCUUUGCAACAUUGAAAGUUCGCUCCCUAACAGGAAGAACAAAGGAACUUAGUUCAGUACUCAGUCCGUAUUUAUUCUGCUUGGUGAUGGAUGCCCUAACUGAGAAGGCUCAAUCCCUGACGCCGUGGACAUUUAUAUAUGCUGACGAUGUAGCCAUCUGCACAAUCUUUCGAGGUGACCUGGAACAUACUCUUGGAGAAUGGAAACAGCAGUUACAAAGAGGCGGUAUAAUGUUGAGUGUCUCGAAAACCCAAUACAUGGUGUGUAACGACCCAGAUUCGCUAAAUAGCUCUAUUGUCAUCGAUGGGCAGCAAGUUACGAUAUGUGAUGAAUAUAAAUAUCUGGGUACUAUGUUGCAUAAUACCGGAAAAUUGGACACAAACAUUCAACUUCCAAUUGCGGCAGCUUGGCUAAAGUGGCGAGAAGUAACCGGUGUAACCUGCGACCAAAGAAUGCCAGUGAAACUUAAGGGACUUAUAUAUAAAACCAUUAUCAGACCAGAACUCACCUAUGGUAGCGAAACGUGGGCCUUGACUCAUCGCCAUAUCCAUUGCUUGCAAGUGGCUGAAAUGAAGAUGCUUCUGUGA